AUGGCAAGCGAGAAUCGGUCAGUGGUGCUGGAAGAGCAUGUGGAUUCGGAGUAUGAGCCGACAGAGCAGGAGAUUCUGGAUUAUGCCGAGUGGCUUGGAAUGGAUGCUGAAAGUGACCAAGAGUUGAUGUGGAUCGCAAGAGCUGGCCUCAAGGUGCCGUUGCCGGCACCCUGGAAGCCUUGCACCACUGGGGAGGAGAACGAGGUCUUCUACUUCAACUUUGAAACGGGCGAGAGCGUGUGGGAUCAUCCGUGCGAUGAGUUUCACCGUUUGCUCUACAAGAGGGAAAGAGCCAAGAAGACCCUUCUGCAAAAUGGGCUGCCGGAGACCCUGCGUUGCGGCCUCAGGAUGGCCUUCGAUGCUCAGUGUGGCCGCGUUGGCGAGGCCAAGGGUGGCUACGACACCUGCUGCCGCGACUGCGUGAAAAGUGGCGCUCGAGCCCAUAGUAGCAACUGCUGCGCGCCCUCGGCCGCUUCUUGGGAGCGGUGCAAAAUGAAGUGUGGAAGAGUCCCAGCGUCAGGCUACGACACUUGCUGUCGCAGGUGCGCCACGGGCCAGGGUCACGAUGGCACUUGUGAUGCCAAGAAUCAUGUGCCUGCAGAGAGUGUGGUGAUUGGACACGUCAUGCCACCUGAAUUGUCGCCCAGUGGGCCCAGUGGGCCCAGUGCUCACCCUGCUCACGGUCCGACGCAUGCUCCAAUCUAUCCACCCUGUGGCCCUGGACCAUCCUAUGCUGGACCUGGUGCGUUCUUGCUGUCAGUGGAAAGUGCCAAGGACCUUUAUGACCUUGAUUGGACCGGCAAGAUGGAUCCCUACGUGCUCAUCCGCCUCGGCGGGCGAGAGUUUCGCACCGCGGUGAUGACGAAUGCUGGGAAGAAGGCGAAGUUCCACUGGGCACAGGUCAUCGACUGGCGCGGCGAGCCAGAUAUCCACUUCUUGGUGAUGGACAGUAAUGUGCUGGUGGCAGAUGGGGUGAUUGGAGAGGCCGUUUACAAAGGUCUUCCACUUCACCACGAUUUCGCAGGAGUCCUGGAGCUCAUCCGAAAGCACACCUUUGGAGGUUGUCAGAAAGCCGGAAAGUUGAAGAUUGCGAUUCAAUGGCAGAAGCCUGGAUAUCCAGGGACCAUGGAUGAGAUCCUUCCGGAAGCGGAGCUGGAGGAGGUCGCGGAACGCUUGGGUCUCUCGACACAAAGAGAGGGUGACCCCUUGGAGGAGAGUGGCAGCUUGGGUCAAAGUGGUGGCACCUUGAGCCUUUCAGGUGAGGGAGAUGGCAAGAAGAAGAAGAAAAAGAAGGAAAAGAAGGAGAAGAAACCGAAGAAGGAAGAGAGUCGCCUGGAGGCACCGAAGACCCUGGCUCCGCUCGCUCCGCUCAGUGCAAGAGGCAUUGGCAAGUUGGCUGAAUUGCCAAGCCCUGGAAUCGAGGAGGCCCCAUCUUCAGAGUCCAAGAUGUCUUCAAGGGUCCCUUCACAGUCCAUCUUGAGCGAGGUGGAGCAGAGUGAGGAGCCAGUGCGCAUGGCUCCUCCUGCUGCGGUCAGAAGCGGAGCAGAAGCGACAGCGGUGCCACGGCCAACAGCCGGUUCACCGCUGCCUCCAAGUGGAGAGCCGCCACCGAGCCUCCAGGGGGCGGAAGGUGGAGCCGGAAGGGCAGAGGCUCAAGCAGGCUUGAAGGAAGACAAAGUGAAGUUGGAAGAUCAAUUUGAGAAGUCCAUGGCCGCAAUGCAGGCUGAGCACAAGAUGAAGCUGGCAAAGCAUCGCUUCGAGUUGGAGAAGGAGUUUGAAUUGGAAAGGGACAGAACCUUUGCGGAGCUGCAGGAGAAGCACGAGAUGCAAGUGAGGACCGAGAAGGCGCGCUUGCAGCAGGAGUUGGCCUCGCAGAAUGGAAAGACAAAGGUGGAGAUCGAGCAGCUCUUGAAGUCCGAGGAAAGCCUUCAAAAGAAGCUUCAAGAGUCGCAGGCGGAAGCAACGCGGCUUCGCAGUGAAGCGGCCAGCACCUCCCGGAAAUGCUCGGCGUACGAAGAGAGAGUUACAAGAUUGGAGGAGGACCUCAAGACCCUGCGAAAAGAGGCUGCUUCGAAGACUGCUGAUGCUGAGGUGGAAAGUCUCAAGGCACAACUGGAGAGAAAGAAUGAAGAGAUUGAGCAGAUUAAGGGAGAAGCAGCAGCCAAUGCCGACCGGCUGGCGAAAUGGGAGGAAGAGAUGCAGCAGCUUCAGAGGGUGGCCACUGAGCACGACGAAGCCAAGGGUCACAUCGAGCGGCUGACAGAGGAGCUUCAGGCCAGCAAAGUGCAUUGCAGCGACUUGGAGAAAGAACUGGAGGAGAAGGGAACUGCCGAUGCCUCGCAGCAGGUCGAGGAGCUUCAAAGUCUGAAAACGAAGCUCAGCUCGGCAGAGGGGUCCUUGAAGACGGAAAUCGAGGCCAAGAAGAAGCUGGCCACGGAAAUCUCAGACUUACAAUCCCAGCUGGCGAAGGCUUCGGGCAACAAAGCUCAGAUGGAGGAACUGAGACGUGAGCUCACCGAGAGGAACAAAGACCUGGCCGAAGCACGGGAAACGGCUGCUGCUGCAAGAGGAACAUGUGCAGAAGAGGUGGAGAAUGCCAGCAAAGCACUGGACGAGCAGAGGAGGAUGGCCACCGAAGCCUCCCAGCGUUUGGACGAUGCACAGCGGGAGCUUGCGAGCCUCAAGGCACAAGUGAGUCAACAGAUUGCCGCCAAGGCAGAGGAAGAAUGCCGGUGGCAACAACAGAUCACUACGGAGAAGAGCUUGCAGAAAGGGCUCCAGGCAGAAGUUGACGAGCUCAAGAAACAGCUGGCAUCGGCCAAGGAAAGCAACAAUCAGCAAGAGCAGAGGACGCAGGAGAGGCUGGAGCAGGCUCAGAGGGAGGUCGAUCAGCUGAAGGUGGACCUCAGUAGGCAUGAUGAUGAGAAGCAGGUGGACGAAAAGAGCACCGCUAAGCUCAAAGUGGAGCUUGAUUUCAUGAAUGUCGAGUCAGAAGCCCUUCGUGUGGUUUUGGAUGAUGAGACCGUCGUCACUUUGCCCAAGCAAGUCUCUCCCAUGCUGGCAUCAUUGGAGGGCUUGUUUGAGGGUGAAGCCUUCUCAGUGCCCAGUGCUUCAGGAAUCACUAAGGUGGGCUUGUUCGGCUUGAAGGACUUCAUUGAAAGAGCGGUGUUGCCCAGGCAGUGGCCCUCAGAAACUGCUGCUGAGUUUGUCCGAGCUGCCAGCUUCUUGGAUGUGAACGAUGCCAUCGAAGCUGCGGAAGUGCAAAUGGCUGAAAGGUUGCUGGAGUGUGAAGAUGAGCUUCAGGUACAUUUGCUUGCCAAAGUUGAAGAUGGCGAGAGAGGUGAAGAUGCUGAUGAAGCCGCUGAUCUUGCAAGACUUGGUCCAACUCUGGGAGUGCGAGGAUUGGCUUUUGCUCGAUCCGCUGCUGACGGAUUGCUCCAGUUGUUCUCGAUGGAUUUCCUCCGUGCGGUCAUUUUGAAAGCAGAGGCUGGUGCUUUAGAAGCCCCAGAGAUUCAAGACUUACAGCGGGAAUUGUGUCGAGGUGGCCGGGGACACACGAGACGAGCCAAGGCCGCCUUGGAAUCGGCCGUUUGCAAGCAAAACCGAGGUAAUUUGACCCUAGCAGCCUUGGUCUUGGCACUCUCACAGGAUCAUGAAGCCGAGAUUCGCGCCACUGCCUUCCAGGUCUUGUCCCAGCUGGUUCCAAGGGACCCCUUUUUCCACGCCUUUCGACAUGAGACCAUUUCCGUGGCUGUCCGCGCACUUUCCGAUGUUUCUGCUCAUGUUCGAAAGGCUGCUGUGAAUGCAUUACUGGCUUGGUCUCCCUUGGAGCCACCUGCCCUUCAGUGUUUGGAGAAGCUUGCGCAGCAGAAAUCCGGGAAAGUCAAAGCAGCUGCGCUUCAAGCAAUGUCUCUCUCGCUACAAGAGAUGCCCAUAUCGCGGCUUGAAUUUCUGUUGCUGAGCCUAGAGGACUCAGAUGAACAUGUGCAAUUCGCCGUUGUCUCUGCCUUCGCACACUUUGCUCAGUAUGCUGCUGCAGAGGGACACCACGAUGCCGUGGAAGUGAUUGCCGAUCGAGUUUCUGACAAGAUGCAGAGCCGGCGGCACUGGGUGAAGCGUGCUGCGGCCGCAUCCUUGCAAAAGCUCCUGGAGUGUUUAGAUCGGCCGCAUCUUCGAGCCAAGAGUGCCUUGCUCGCAUGCCUUGCCGACGUACAUGACUCCGUCCGCUCGUCCGUGGCCCUGGCGCUGCCCCACGUGGGCGCCGAUGAGGACGUCAGCCACGCUCUGGUGGGCGCGUUGCAGGAUCCACAUGCCGAGGUGCGCAAAGCUGCCGGUGCCGGGCUUGUGUUGAUGGCUGGUAGGUCCACCCAUGGGCCGAGGCUGGCAGAGAAGCUGGUGGAGCUGCUGGACUGCAAUCUAGCAGAAACCAGGUGCAUGGCAUUGAUGACGCUGCAGGAAGUUUUAACAUCUGCAUGCCUGAAGUACGUCCCCGAGGCACACAAGGCAGAGGCGGCGGAAGUUGGCUUCAGAAAGUUGAUGACACACUCUUUAUCCCCACGCUUAAUGGAUCCAGAUGGAUACGUUCGCAUCGCUGCUGCUCGGACCGCCGGAUGCUUUACAGCUUUGUGUGGAAGAUGUUGUGAGCUCUCCAGUCUCUUGGCCACCGUUGCUGCCAGAGACGACGAUGAGGAUGUGAGAUCCGCGUCGUUGGAGGCACUGGCCAGUGCUUCCGAACCCGGAGACCGGAAAGCGCAAGAAGUGGCCGUGGCGGCAUCCAAGGAUCCUUCGCCUCAGAUUCGACGACAGGCUUUGGCGCUGUUGUGUUCUUUAUCCCGCGGAUCUGGCGAAGAGGUGAAUCAAGUGUUAUCUGCAGUUUGUGCGCUCAUCUCUGAUUCAGAUGAUGACAUCCGUCGUUUGGCCAUGCAAGCACUGCCUGAGAUCAUUCGCACAGACUCGGCAGGUGUCCUGGCCAUCCGUGCCUUAGGCGCUGUGGCCCGCAGCCGCUCCUCUGACCGCAUGGCCGUUUGCGCCUUGGAGGCCAUCGCUGCCGUGGCUCGAUGUGUCGAGGCCGCUGUGUCGACACGUGCCAGCGCCCUGUCUCCCGUCACCGCUUGCUUGACAGAUGAGAACUGGAUUGUGCGAGAAGCAGCCGAAAAUGUGGCAACUUUGAAAGCGGAACUUGACACCUGGAGGGCCGAAUGCCGACGCUUGAGCGAGGCUUCGCAGACCGAAGUGCCCAAGAUGCAGGCCCUGCUGGAGGAGGAGAAAGUGGCAGCCAGCCGUGCAAAGGCAGAGGCCAUUGAGGGCCUGGCGCAGCUCAAGGCACAGGCCAUUCCGGUGGGAUUCGGAGCUUUCGAGCUUCGUGACAAGACAUGGGACUUUGCCUCACUGCUCAGUCUUGCACAGCGAUUGGCCCGAUCUUUGCGACAACUGUGGGCGGCGGAAACACAAGCUUGCGUCGCGUUUGGUCUGGAUGAGGGCAUGGGCUUGGUGUUGCUUCAAGUAGCUGUCCUCGAGGCAGGCAUGUACUUUCUGCCCUUGGACUUGCGACAGCCGCGCGCACGACUGGAAAGCAUGCUGAUGAUGGCAGGCGCUGAACUGCUGAUUGCACCCAGAGACUUUUGCGUCGAGAAUUUCCCGGUUCCCGUCUGGACCUUGGAGGCUUUGCUGGAGCUUCCUGAUCUCCAAGCCGACCCAGGUCGAGCGAUCCGCCCACAGGACUUGUGCUACGUCCAAUUCACCUCUGGCAGCACUGGCCAGCCCAAGGGCGUUCUUUGCGAGCACCGGCAAGCUGCAUGGUAUGCCUUGGCCAAAGCUUCGGUGGAAGAGAUCGAUGCAUCCAGCAGGGUUCUCCUGACCUCGGCCAUCACCUUCGAUCCAUGUCAGGGCGACAUCUUUUGCGCUCUUGCUGCUGGUGCCGCUUUGAUUUUGGCACCGCGCGUGGAGUUGUUGCAGGAACUCAGCAAGGUGCUGCUCGAAUCUGAAGCUACUCAUGUUUGUGCGACUCCUGCACUUUGGCAGCUGGCGGAUCAUUCCAUGCUUCGGCACAGCAAACACUUGAGGUGCUUAUCUUUGGGUGGUGAAAAGAUGCCCGCGCAGUUGGUGGAACGUUGGGCCUCCUCCGUCCAACUCCGAAACAUCUAUGGGGUCACUGAAGCUACGGUCUACCAAGCAGCUAUGCUCAUGCAAGCAGAUACGCCUCCGCAGACCGCAGGACUUCCUUUUCCAGGAACCUUCAUUUCUCUCCAGCCAUGGUGUGAUGAUACUGAUACUGAUGACCAUGAGGUCGGUGAAAUCUGCUUGGCUGGUUCUGGCAUUGCCCGUGGAUACCUCAAGCUGCCGGACUUGACGUCGGCUCGCUUUGUCGCUGCAGAUCAGAAACGUUGUUACCUGACCGGUGAUGCUGGCCGUUGGGUUCCUAGGUCGACCACCCAAGACGGGCAACGCCGGUUGUUGCAAGUGCUGGGACGCCGAGAUCUUCAGGUGAAGCUGAAUGGAGAACGGGUGGAGUUGGGAGAAGUGGAACACGCGCUGAGUUUAAGCCCACUGGUCGCGCAAUGCGCAGUGGUUCCCUGGAAGAGUGGCACCUUACUUGCGUAUCUUGUUCUCGCCAAUGAGGUCCUUGAUGGUAUCUCCUACCUUUGCAUCAGCUCACACUGUGAGAAGCACUUGCCGCGCAUCAUGAGACCUCGUCGCUUCGUGGACUUGCAGCGUCUACCCUUGACCUCGAACGGCAAAACGGAUCGCGCCGCCCUCCCCCCAGAGCCGCGCCCGAGCACCGCAGAACGGCUGGAGCACAGAGCGCCCGAACACGGCGAAGCGCCGCGGGGAGCCUUGGAGGAAGCCGUGGCCGCUGCCUGGGCUGCGGAGGGAGUGGGAGAUGCACAGAUGUCGCGAACUGCUGAUUUCUAUGCCUUAGGUGGUGGAUCUGUGUUGGCCGUGCGGGUGACCCGCUCAUUGCGGGCGGUGCUGCACGGUGGUGGAGGAGGGCAAAAGUGGGCGGAAGGCAUCAGUGAUUGGCGAAGUCCUGCAGGAGAUGCAUCCUUGUUCCUGGCGCCUGAGCGAGCCGGUGAUGCCGAAUGUCACUUCGGCUUGUGCGAUGGGGGUCCAUUUGCUCCAUGUGCCCUGCUGGAGCGACCCAUUCUCAGCCACUAUGCCGAAUUCCUCGCCCGCGCCGGGGUCCGGACCUCUCCCGCGACGUCCGACGUCGAGCGCGACGAGCUCGAAGGAGGGAUGGUCGAGUCGUCCCAGCACGACAAGUCGUCCAGGGCCUUGGAGCACGCGAUCCGCGCCCAGCGAGAGACUUUAGCACAUGCGCUGCUGGUGGCUGGCGCUUCAGCAACUGGAGGUCUUGGGCCCAGGGAAGCUGGAAUGACACCGUUGCAUUGGGCGGCGGCCAAGUGCAGCAGCAACAUGGUGCAACUCUUGGUGAAGUUUGCUGCGAAUGUGAUGCAUCCCACAGCAACGCAUGCCAGCCCUGGUCAUGUUGCAUGCGCUGCUGGGAACUACAGUGCGCUUCAAUCGCUGUUGGCAGCCAGAGCACAUGCACAAAGUCGAGACAGCAGUAAGCAGUCACUCUUGCACUAUGCGGUACGGUCCGGUAACCUUGAGACAGUCGAGUUGGCGGCCAAUGCCAAGGCAGAAAUCAAUUGUCGAGAUCAACAGCUGCGGACGGCUCUGCAUUGGGCUGCACUUGGGGGUGACAGCUCCAUUUGUCGCUUGCUUUUGGCUCUCCGUGCUUCUUGCACUCCGCCCAAGGUGCCUCAGGCACUCCAUCGCAGACGGACACGUUUGGCACAGGAGAGCCCGCUGGAAUUGGCCCUUUCUAGGCACCCCAGCAAUGCGGAGUUGCAUGCUAUCUUCGGCGAGGAAAAGAUACAAGUUCCAGCCUCCCACUGGUAG